AUGGGCGACCCCGCAACCGAUCCCAAGGCGGCGCCGCUCGCCGACGAGCUGAGAGAGCUUGCUGUGUCGCUCCCCACGACGGCCUUCCCGAAGAACUUCUUCUGCGCCUUAUGUAACGAGCUUGCGUUCGACUCAUACAAGCUGAUCUGCUGUGCUAAAUCCAUAUGCUCACCAUGUCAAGGAAACCUCCAGUUCCCGACAGCGUGUCCCUCGUGCGACCACUCCCCGCUCGAGGCCGACUCUUGCACACCGAACAAGUCUCUGCGUAACACGAUGCGAGUGUGGCUACAAAAACAGAAGAAGAAGGAAGAGGCCAAGGCCGCGGCACAGGCAGCUACCCCGCCCGUCGAGGUGACACCGGCCGCGCUUGAGGUCCUGCCGGUCGGUGAUGGUACAGAGCAGCCCGUAGACAGUGUUGAGGAUGCGCACAAGGCAGAAGGCGGUGCUGCUGAACAAGCUGCUGGUUCUGCCGAGGCCCCAGAAGAGGCUGGACAGCGCGCCGGCUCGGCCGCGGCCCAACCAAAGGAGGAAAAUGCUUCUCCUGAGAUGGAGACUGAGCGGCGCGGUAGCACCGCCUCCCAGAGCGUGACCAAGAACACGGGACCUUCAGCGGCCAACAGCUCGACCGACGAGCAAAAACCCUCCAACGGAACUAAUGGCAUGAUUGGCAACAACCCGCCGAUGAGCGGCGUGCAAAGCCAGAUGGGCUUCGGCUUCCCCAAUCAGGGCGGCUUCAGCAAUGGCUUGGCUUGGAACGGGAUGCCUAAUAUCAUGGCCAACGGCGGCUGGAACGGCAUGAAUCCUAUGGAUUUCAACAACAUGAACGGAAUGUACGGCAACUUUGGAGGGAACAUGGGCUUGGGCAUGAACGACAUGUCUGCCAUGAACAUGAUGCAGUACGGUGGUGGCUAUGGCAAUGGAUGGAAUGGUAUGGGCAGUGGCUAUGGAAACUUCAGCGGGCCCAAUCAGCUGGGUGGCUUUAAUCAAUCUGGAGCAUAUCCCGAGAUGAUGAACCAGUUUCCCAAGAAUAAUUUCCCAAACCAGAACCACAAUCGUUUCCAUGCCAAUCAAGGAGGAGCACAUCCUCAGCGAAACAACAAGAAUGGCAGCCAGGGUGGCUUUGGUCCGGGUUGCCAGAAUGCGCCUGGUCGUCCGGGCAGCCGUGGCGGUCUUUUGCAAAACGUACGUUCAACCCACCAACGAAAGCUACCGAACCCAUACACGGGAAUCGGCCAAACUUGGAAACCAAAAACUGACCCGAUUCGUUCUACACAGCGUGACGACCAGUCGCCUGACGGAAAUGCCAACCCUGCUCCUGAGGUGAAGGCCGAGGGCGAGCAGUCGAAGGCGUCCGCAGAUCCAACUGAAGAAGGUAAGGACAUCGUCGACGAUAUCCCAGUAUCGCUCGAACCACAGACUUCAGCAGAUGGGGUUGGUGCUGGCAAUGCUAGCGAAGCUGCUGGCGACGACACUAACCAGGCAGGGGGUGGUCCACAAUGCGAGACUCAAGACGGCGGUCUGAAGCCUAUACAAACUGUAGACUCUGGCGAUGCAGACAUGCGAGAGUACGACCAGUCUAUGAUGGGCCCUGGUGUGCCAUACCCUCAAGGAAUGAUGAAUCAGUUCCCGGAUCAGCACAUGAAUGCAGCCUUCGACCCCAGCAUGAACAUUAUGGGAUACAAUGGCAACUAUGGUCCACGUGGCGGCUUCAAUAACGGGGCUUAUGGUGCAGCGACAGUUCUGACAGGUCAGCCAACGGAACCGAUUGGUGUCGGUGUUGCAGGCGCGCCAACUGGACCACGCGCGAUGAGAGAAGGUCGACCCAACACUGGUUUCUCGAGUCGUGCCCAUGGUGGGCGAUAUGCAGCUCCGCCACCGCCCAAAAGCGUCGCGUCUGCUCAAGAUGCGACAACUGCUAGCCCACAGCGUAGAGUUCGAUCGCGGUCACCUCUCCGAGAUGAGAGUAUGCGGGUCAAGGAACGCUCACCCACGCCUUCUCGACCACAAUCACGAACGAAGGGUGAUGACAGAAGUGAGCAACGUGACCGAUCGCGUUCUGCAGACCGUCAUUCUCGUCGCGAUGACCGCGGUAGAUCCGUUUCGCCAUUGAACAACGAAUACGAGGAUCGCAAAGACCGCAAGCACCAUCGAUCGUCACGCUAUAAUGACCGUGACCCGGAGUAUGAUGAUCGUUACGGCGACGAGAAGGGCAGCCGGGGUGACCGUACACGAACUGCAUCGGCAGACUCCAAGUAUCGUAGCAGCCGUCGUGACAAGGACAAGCACCGUUCAUCGCGGUCCCACCGCGACCGGAGCAAGGAGCAUCGUCGUCGCCAUCGCUCCCGAUCACCUCGUGAGGGAGACAAAUAUGAAGACGAAGAUGCGUACGGCAAUGGCGAAAAGGAUUCUGAUGCCAGUUCACGACGCAAGCACAGGAGCGGGCGCGACCGCUCACGCGACAAGGAACGUGAACGAGACCGCAAGGAUCGUAAAGAGCGAGAGCGAGACCGCAACUAUGAUUACGACCGCGAGAAGGAUCGCUCCCGCGACAAGGAUAAGGACAAGGACCGUAGGCGGCGUCGCGAUCGUGAAAGUGAAGACGAUGAGCGUGAUUAUGGGGACGACAAUCACCGCUCUUCACGCCGUAGUCGCAAAGAUCGCGAUCGCGAGCGACGCGAGUACGAUGAUCAUGAGCGCAAAGACAAGCCAUCUCAACUGGAGAGGGAAGAGGAUGUCGUCGGUCAGAUGAUGAAGAAACGCGCUAUGUCUCCGCCCUUGAACGCACCAACCGGGCCCUCGGCGAAUGGCUUCAGCAUCAAGGGUCGCUCAAAGAACGCGGCCAUGCCUCCACCGGCCCAACCUCCUACCGGCCCACGAGCUUUCCAGCCACCCAAGGGUCCGGCUGCUGAUCGAAAUAAAGACCGAAGCGGCGAAGCUAGGGAUCACCGUCGUAAAACCAGCGCGACUUCUACAUCGACUAUACCAACCGGCCCUUCAUCCAAAGACAAAGAAACGUUCCAAGACCAUUAUGCCGCUGAGCGAGAGCGCAAUGCCCGAGAGCGAGACAGUCGCGAACGCGUGGAGAAGCCAUCCAGCUCCAGCAAGUCCCUUCAAUCACGCAUCUCUCCUUCAUCCCGCCCUACGCUCUCGAGUAAGCGUAGCAGAGACGACUUUGACGACGAGGCACCGGUACCCACAGGCCCCAAAGCUGAUGCCAAGCCUCCCACAGGCCCCGCCGCGCAUCGUGACAAGCGCAGGAAGUCUGGUGCGACGGGUGACGACAACAUUGCCAGCCUCUUUACAGCGGGACUGCGUAAGAACGCCAAGGCUAGACGUGGUGGUGUGAGGACUGAAGGCGAUGUCGAGCGCGAGAUGAUGGAGCGGGAGCGGGAAAGGCGGUAA